AUGGCAGUAAAGAAUUAUAGAUUAGAUCCGAUCUUUCAAUUAUAUGAUCCAAUUCGUUAUUCGUUUGAUAAGAAAAAAGAAGUUUACAUUAUCAUAUCACCAACCGUUGGCUCUAGGUCUCAACUAAAUGAUAGGGUCUCAGGCUGGAUACCCGAUGUUAGCGAUGGGCGUGUUAUAAAAGAACCGGUAAGAAAUGUUCCAAAUGAUGCAGAUGAAGCUAGAAUGAGAGCUAUUGCUCGAAACACAAUAGAAAGAGUAGGACGAGCAGGUAAUCAUGGAUUUGAAAAACGAGUACUUCAGUACAAUAAUGUUGUGGAGAAUAAUAUGUGGGGUAAUUACGUAAAUUGGAAGUUAUAUCCUUUAUUCGGUCUGUUGGAACACAGAAAAGUUUCCUUAGGGUUACCAUAUAAAAUUCAUCUACAAAGAGAAAUCAAUGAUAAGAUAUUCUUUGGAGAGAAUGCUUCAGAUGCAAAAUUAGAAAUAACGAAUCUCCAACAUUACAUACCGGUAAUAACACCAUCAAUUGAAGUAGAAAUGAGAAUAUUCAACUCAUUAACUAAUGAUAUUGAAAUAGCAUUUCUUCGUCGCAAUACAAUAGGUAGCUUUAACUGGAGAAUCCACUACAUGGCCAAUCACUAA